AUUGUUUAUUCCCCGCCAAGAGCCACGACGUCCAACUUCAAGUUGCAUGUUACCACUGAUCCUCAUCCGGAGUUAUAGAUUUGAACAUCGUACAUUUGAUGUCCAUCUCAUCGCUGCUGGUCCCUUUGCAACUGUCAUGCGGACAUUCGAAGAAAACCAGCGGCGCUGGUCAUCUUUGUUCAGCACCUCAAUUGGGGUCGACUUGCGGCAAGCAUUGAGAGAUGGCGAAGGCUUUGACCCCUGCGAGGACGGACUGCGCUCGGUUUGCUGGAAGGCUUUCCUCCUCUACGGUCCUCUCAGCCAGAGGUCUUGGCCAAAGAAACUGGCCGAGUCUCGAUCGGCGUACGUCUCCUUGCGAAACCACUUCUUGCGCUUCAUAGAGCAUCCCAACGAUAUUCACUCAUCGGCGGACCCUCUGGCAGAUGACGAAGCGUCUCCCUGGUCGACACUACGGCAAGAUGAGGAAGCCAGAGAAGAGAUCUUUCAGGAUGUAACGCGGUGCAUGCAGGACAACUACUUCUUCCGAGAGCCUGCUACACAGAAGCAGUUGUUGGACAUUCUAUUCAUUUAUGCCAAGCUAAAUCCCGACGUUGGGUAUCGGCAAGGUAUGCACGAGCUGUUAGCUCCAAUCUUAUGGGUGGCUCAGCAGGAUGCUGUGGAUGCUCUCAGUGUGCCAGAUACAAGCAAAAGUGCCGAGGGAGUCGACUUUAUGCUUGAGGUGCUGGAUGCCAGGAACGUGGAACAUGAUGCCUUCAGUCUCUUUUGUGCAUUGAUGCAGACUGCAAAAGCCUUCUACGAGAUUGGUGAAAGCAGGGACUCGUCACCAAUCAUCGAAAGGAGCAAGAGGAUCCACGACGGCAUCCUCGCGUCCAUUGACCCCGAGCUGGCUCUUCACAUGAACGUCAUCGGCAUCCUCCCUCAGAUAUAUUCUAUUCGCUGGAUCCGACUCCUGUUCGGACGAGAGUUCGAAUUCCAAGACGUGCUGCGGAUCUGGGAUCUCUUGUUUGCUGAGAACUUGAGGCCGGAGAUCAUCGACUUGACUUGCGUUGCGAUGCUUUUGCGUUGUCGCUGGUCAUUGAUUGAAGCAGACUAUACGACAGCCAUUACUUCUUUGACUCAUUAUACCGUACCUGGUCCCUCCGAGCCUCGCUCCCUGGUCAAAGAUGCUAUCUUUCUCGGCAGGAAUCAAAAUACCGAGGCCGGGGCCACAGUCAUACAGCAUUAUACAGGCAGACGUCCGAAGCAAAGCGAUGCUCCAAACAGCCGUAGCUCUUCGGCCGCCCGGACAACAAGAACUCAACACCGACAUUCGCCUAGUGCCUCUCCAGGCAGGUUGGCCGCCUCUCAAAAGCAGCUUGAAGGGUUGUUUCAGGAGGUGACAGGAGGCUUACAAAAGCGGACGGAAGGGUGGAACGUUUCAAAGGCUGUCCGAAGUGCUGUGGGCGAGGUUCGUCGUGGGAUGAACAAUUAUCAAACAUCGCAGGCCAGGCAAGCAAUCAAGGACCCAUUGGACACUGGCCAAGUGGAGGAAACAACGCAGACUCUUCAACGAAAGCUACAACAGCUCCAAGAUCGCAAUGCAUUGCUUGCAAAAUUGCUCGAGGACGCCGUGGAUUCGUUGAGGUCGGUCAAAUUGACUAGCAAGGAAGAUGCGGACGCGACUGAGAACAAUCUCAAUAUCUCCCUGGCUAAGAUACAGUUUGUCUCGGUAUACCUGUCUGACCCGGAGAUCCCGAUCCCGAACGAAGAACACGUACAGCCUUCAGAGGACGCUGCGAUGGUCCAAGGGUCCGCUGAGGAGCAGUCGGAAGCGUCUGCGGAACCUGAAGCCCAGCACCAGGGGACGGUGGUCACGUUGCCAGUUCGGACGACCCAAGCAUCGGGAAAAGCCGAGACUGCUUCAACGUCAGAGAAAGACGAUAGGGAAACACACAAAGGGCCAUCGCGGCCGUCGCUGAUGGACGCAUCAUUUUCCUUCAUGCUUGGGGAGAACAGACAUCGUUCGAGUUUCGUCAGUUCUGCUGGCCCUUUGCCAGAGCAGAGGAGGGACAGCUCGUCAAGAGGCGGACCCAAGCAAACACUAGCGGACGCAAAGACGCAGCAAGCUCGCAACAGUUCCAAGGGCGAAGAUGAUAGUUUCACUUUGACCAAACUACAAGGUGCAAAAUGAGGAAGUCCGAUACUGCGCUUGGUAAGGCCAAGGAGACGGGUUUGGCCGCGGCAAGCUUUGCAGACAUCUUCUGGGCUUGAGCUGGGCGCAAAGGCUCCGAUCAUUAUUCGUCUCGGUCAAAUGGAGAUGGAGACGGAGACGGAGAUGGAGAUAUUCUAUGCACGACAGAGAGUUCGGAUGAGGAUUCGUUAUGGAGCGAAUUUGUAGUGAUAUAGCACUUGAAGCGGUGCGGGGAGCAAAUGAUAGCAAUCCUGCAAGCAGUCGCGCAGGUUCAUUUGAUCUCGGUGAGAAACCGAUCACUCUAGCUAAAGUCUAACAACGUCGGCUUUUGAA